GUUAAUUCCCCAAAUGACUGGCGGUUAUAUCGUAUGGCAUUGGACUUUGGUUCGUCGGUUCAGUCUUGGAGCUUUUUGCCUUACCAUAUUGUAAAGCGUAUAUACAGUUAUUUAGGCGAUGAAGUUGUUUACGUUUCUACCGUGUGCAAACACUGGCGUGGGGUCGCAUACACCGAUAGAUCUGUAUGGAAGAAACUACAUAUAUGUCCUCCUAAUUUUCCAGAAGUUGAAGCUCUCAAGAAUCAGAUUAUCCCUAUGAAAAUUUGUAACGAGGUUUCACUUGAAUUUGACCCAAGGAAUGAGUCUCAUGUUGCUGUUUUGGAAUACACGCUGAGUGCUUUGUGUUCGAAUGCUGGAAUACAUUCCAUUUCCCUACGACCGACAUUAAAACUUUUAUACAAUAAAUCCUCUUUGAAUAUCUCGAACCGACUUUCAAAAAAAAUAAUAAAUGCAUUAUGUGAGGUCAUUAUGAAUGCUAAAUGUUUAAAAAAUUUUUAUUGGGGUGGGACUUAUUGUGGAAGUUAUGAAGUCAGUCGUGUAUUACAAUCAUUGACAAAAAAUCAAAAGCAUAAUUUAUUAUCAUUACAAAUUAUCAGAUUAUUUCAAAUUAAUCAAUCCAUGUCAUAUUUAAAUACAAGAUUAUUUAUAUUUUCCAACCUCAACCAAUUUUCUAUUAAUUACCUAAAUCUUUCGGAGGAUAUACUUUUAAUUUUAUCGAGAAAUUCAAACCAUCUUCGUAUUUUAAAACUUUUUGUACAAAACAAUGUUCAAGAUCUUCCCAUAAUUCGAAAUCAAAUUUGGAGACAUGUGCAUGAAAUACUUCCUAAUUUGCGUGUGACUUUAUUCCUAAUUUGUGUAAACGAUCUCAAACAAUCAACAAUCCAUUCGAAUUCAAUCAAUCAACGAAUGUCUUUCAUACAAAAUACUACUCAAGAACUUGAUAAUCAAUUACCACUACCAUCAUCAUAUUCAUCGAUGUCACCAUCCCAUUCUGUCACUUCUACAUCCUCAUCGCCAACGUCUUCAUCUUCACCGCAUAUACCGGUGCAAUGUCGACUGGAAAAUGAACGUGAACAACAUUUAAGGGAGGAUCAUCAUCCAUAUGGUGAACAGAAUCAAAUUUAUCAAUUACUUUCAACCAAACUUUUGCCUUCUGCUUUGCCUUUAAAUUCAAUUUAUAUAUACUAUUGUAAACCAGAUCCAUUGUCUUAUCUUAUACAAUAUUUAAUGGAUACAUUUGCUAUGAGUUUAGAGCAUUUCUAUCUAAUUGAUACUUUCAAUAUAAUAUCUGUGAUGUCAAACAAUUCUAACGGUAUUUUACAUAAUAAUUCUCAUUAUACGGAAUAUACUACCAUUACUACUAGUAGUGAUAAUAAUAAUAAUAAUGGCAAUAUCAUUAGAUUUAUUGCCAAUACACCAGCAACAAUUUCUUAUGAUGCUGUUAUUAAUUAUGAUAAUUACGACUGUGUUGACUCUGAUUAUCAGUCAAUGUUCAGUUCUUAUUCCUCACAUCAUUCAUUAUUACUGGAUAGUACAAGUGAUUUUGAUAUAUUGAGCUGUGAUUCUUCCUAUGAUCUAUUUGAUUAUGAAGACAAAAGUUGUAGUAAUAAUAAUUAUUACUCAGGUAAUUUUUUGCUGCCCGUUUCAACCAGUCUAUCUUUGACUUCAUCAUCUUCGUCUUUACCGGUACCGUCAGGGUCAUGUUUGUCUGGUGAUCAAAUACACCAAUCAUUGAUAGCACCAAUAUCACUUCAUAAGAUGGUUGAACAAAUUGAAUACUCGUCUAAUUCAGAAAUUAUAUUACCAAAAAAUGGGAAUGAUAGUUUGUGCAUAAUGAAAUCAACUGCAUGUGAGGAAAGUGCUAUCGAUAAGGGUGGUGGUAGUGAUACAAGCGUUGUAUCUCAUUCAGCUCUCAUUUCUACUCAUGAUAGUAUCAAUACAACUAAAACCAAUGUUAAUGAUUAUUGUGAUUAUUUACCUUACGAUUGUAAUUAUUAUUCCAAUUUUUCCGAGGCUCCACAAUCAGCUACUUCAUCAAAUCUUGUUUUUUACUCACCAAAUUUGUAUAAAGCGCCUGAUGAUGUCAACCCUGAUCCGUUUGUUAUGUUAGCAUGGAGAUGUCAACAAUUGUCGCAUUUUACACUAAUUGGUUACUGGUUUAAUAUUGUGGAUAUGAAAGCUUUUACAGCUCUUCGUGGUACAUCACUCAAAUCUUUUCGUAUUCCUAGUUGUUGUAUUUCUAUUGAUGAUCAAUCUUGGCCAUUUAAUUUGGAUGAGAAUUUAAAUGAAGUGAGUAAUUGAAAUAUCAAAACAGUGUUAUCUGUAUCUAAUUGAUUUAUCUCUACGUGUUGAAUAAAAGUAUAUAACAAAUUAGUAACCUGUGCAUUACUUUUUCUGUUCAAGUAUAUUUACUACAAGCGAUGUGUAUUAUAGAUUAAAUCAACAUGAAUCUUGGUGAAAUAAGUCAUUCAGUCAUACGCAAUGUAAAUAACCUGACACAUACAUGCACUGGUUCAAGUUGCUGUCCCUUAAUAACACAGCGAAAUAAAAUUAUUUGGAGAUAAAUUGAAGAGUAUUAAGCAGUAUCAGUGGUGUUAGAGACGAUUAGGUAGAGAAAAAGAAAUAAAAGGUAUGAGAAGAUUCCGAGACUCGAGUACUAAGGGAAGACUAGGAGUGGAUCUGUUCGAUUUAGUAAGUCUUCAAACAUUUGAUAUUGUAACAUAAUAUUCACAAUUUCCAACUAGUAGCUCUUAUAAAUUUGAAUUACUCCAAUGAAAAAGGUAUAGAUAUUGGAGUAGAAACUUUGCGACAUAUACAUUAAAUUCUAAAAUUCAUAAACUGGUCUGCGAAACUGUGGAUAGUUGGUGACUGAUUACCUUAUCCUAAUUAAAAGAGAUGUUUUUGGUAUUGAGAACUACCUUGAUAUGAAUUUUUGUACUCUACACAUAAUUGAGAAAUUAAGUCACAAAAAAUAAGUUGAUUCGUAAUAAAUGAACACAAUAGUAGAAAUUAGUUUUAAUCUUUUUUUUUCAUACCAUUAUAACAUUGAGUAUUGUUAUUUUGACUAAAGUGAAAUUGUUUUUCACAGAAAAACAAGUAAUGUAAGAUGUUUCUUCAAUUCGUCGUCAUUUUUUUUCUCUAUCGUAUUCCUCAAUAAUAUUUUUAUUUUGAUAUCAUUUUCUAUAUCUUGAAUUGAUUGGAACCGAAAUAAUGUUUGUAUUUGAACUUGUUUCUACAAAUUUAAUCUAAAAUAAAGGGAAUUAAGAAAGUCAUUAAAUAAACGUUCCUAGAUUUAUUCACUCUCUACAGACUGAGAUUUAUAGUUAUUAUAUACUGUUGGCUAACUCAUGUAAUCUACGUUAGGUAAAGUUUAUUUCGAAGCGUUGACAUAAUAGUAGUUCAAAGUUGAAUAGUAUUUGAAGUAAUCCACUUAUGAAUAAUAAAGCUAGAUUGAAUGAGAAAAUUUUUAAAUAACCUAAAAUACAAGAGUUCAGAACUCUCUUUUUUUUUGAAUGAAUAUAUCGUUUUAAGUUGUAAUAACUAAAUGAUUAGGAAUGAAUAACAAGUAAUUAACGAAAGUUUAAAUAUUUUUAAUUGAAACAAGACUUAAAACAUUCAGAACUUAAUGUAAACCACCACUUCUUCCGAGAACGAAAAUAAAUUAACACAAGUUCAUAUAGUACAAAGGUUUGUUCCUGUUGUUCUGCCAUAUCAUCAUGGCAUAACAGAAGAAUUACAAAGAAUCCUUAGAUCACACAGAAUUUAGGCAAUGUGUAAAACAAAUAAAAGAUAAAAUACUUAUCACUUCGACACAGAAUUAUGUUUACAGACUGUGAUGUUUAGAUGGUGAUUUAUUCUAUACUAGACAGUCUUCUCAUGAUAUCAUGACUGAUGCCAAAGAACACACAAAAACACUUUCAAAUAAACCUCUAGAACUAGAAAGAAGAAAAGCACGUCUAACUAUCCAUCCAACAUGGACCAUUCAAAUAUUCGCACAACUAAUUCUAUCCACUUUUCACACCACUAACAAAUAUAUUCCUGACGUUACUCUUCCACAUUACAAAUAUCACAUUUUCUUCACUCACGAACACAUAAUUACACACAGCUAGGUUUCACACAAAAAAGUAACCGUGACUGAAAUGACAAUGUUAAUAUAAUCAAAUCUAUUUUAAUUUAGAUUGUACUGAAAAUAUUCUGCUUUGUGUCUUUUAUAGUAUUUAGACUUGUGUUAAUCUAAUUCAUUUACUAUUUUUAUUUUUGAAUUUCGCGAUAACCACAAUACUAUCCAACCAUUGAGUUGGUAAAAUUCGAUUUUUUACGUUCCUCAGUGAAUUUCCGGAAUUUUUGUUCUGAAAUCGUGAUUUAUGAAGGUGAAAAUCAUGCAUUUAUUCAGAGAUAACAUUGAGUAGUUCCACAUCAUUUCAUGGAUUAAUUGAAAUUAGGAAAUACGUAUCAUCGAAUUUAGGCUUAAUGACUGAAUUUUAUGAUGCUCAAUCGUAGAAGUUCUGAAACCCCUCUAAACAUAGUAGCAGAAUAGGCACUUACCUAUUCAGAAAAGUGACACGUUACUCUUCACUUUCGAGAUGUUUCGAAGAAACUUCUAUUGUUAGGUGAUUAGAUAAAAUGUAUCCCAGAGUUUUCAGGGCCCGUUUGGGCUUUUUUCAAGGAAUUUUUGUGGAUCUUCUCAACACUAACAUUAUAUGUAACCGGUAUGAGGGGAUACACUAAUAGAUUUAGCACAAAAUUACUAAAAAAUCACAUUCGUCAUGUUAUAUAAAACGAAAUUCACAAUGAAUAAAUACUUACG